AUGGCCAUACCCCUGCGCAGAUCCAUAUCCUCAACGUUCCUGAACAGCCUCAAGGCCCUCUUCCCUGAAAAAGGGCUCAAUGCAUCCAAUCCAUCCUCGUCAUACUUCAGGAAUCCGUGGUUCAUCGCCGCCGCUGUCGCUUUCAGCGCGUCAAACCGCCCAGAAGGCGUACCGAGGGUGUUCGAGCAUGCUCUAGCAGAUCUACGGUCUGCGAACACGAAUAGAAUCUUGAGCCAACCUAGUGGAGUGCAGGAGGAGAUGCUGCUGGCGCAGAAGAUGCGCGAGGCGGUGUUCAAGUCGGCGCACAUCUGUGGCUACCCUAGGGCAAUUAAUGGGCUGAAGGCGUUGCAUGAGGCCAUGCCGGAAAAGCUGAGGGAGAAACAGCUCCUGAGAAAUCCAAACCUGUCGUUGGAAGGAUAUGAGGUAGCCGGUAAUAGAUUUUUUAAGACGCUGUAUGGAGAAACGGCGGAGGAGGUGAUGGGGAUGCUGGAUGCGAUUUAUCCUGAUCUGGGUUGGUCCGUGAGAACGACAUGCUACGGCCUUGUCUACGGGACGGCCCUCCCCUCCUCUUCCUCCUCCUCUGCCCAAACACAAACAUACAUCUUAACCCCACUAGAGACUUCGUACACCCUCGUCGCAGCACUCAUCGCCGUCGACACGCCGCGACAGAUUGCAUGGCACCUGGAUGGGGCGCGACGUGUUGGUGCGAGCGUGGAGGAAUUGAACUCGGUGAGGGAGGUUAGUGAGAGGAUUAUCAAGCUAGGGAAGGGAGAUGGGGUGUAG